AUGCUCACGCAACCCCCUAUACCCAUACCCUCCAUCUCCCUCCUCACCCCCACUCCCUCAACUCCAAAUCCAGCUCCAGCUCCAAACCCAAACCUAACACUCCACCCCUGCACCCUCCCCGAUCUCCACACAAUAGCCUACCUCGAAUACUUAGCAUUCAAAGAAGAUGAAUUUAGCGAUUUAGCAUUUGGGGUUGAAAGAGGCAGUAGUGAAGCUUUGAGGAUGAGGGCCGGACAAUUUGAGGGGCUUUUGGGGGGUGAAAUUGAGAAGGGGGACUCGGAGGAGGGAGAAAAUAAAUGUUGGUAUGUAAAAGCUGUGAUAGGGGGAGAGGUAGUAGGGGUUGCGGGGUGGAGUUUGGGGGGUGGGGAGGGGAAGGGGGGAAAGGAGGAGAGAAAGAAGGCGAAUGUUGGGGAGAAAAGGGAGGGAGAUGAUGGAGAGAAAGUGCAAGAAGUGCCGAAAGAAAAAACAAAAGAGGAAUUAGAGAAAAUCUGGGGAAAAGGUUGUAAUGCAAAGUUAUGCGAGGAUGUUUUUGUAAAGGGGGAUCAGUAUAUGUUUGAAGCUUGCGGGGAACUCAACAUCCUCCUAGUGCACCCGCAGCACCAACGUCUCGGCAUCGGCACACAGCUCCUAACCCAAGGACUACAGCUCGCCGACGAAAAAGCGCUGCAAGUAGUGCUAGGAGCUAGUCCGUGGGGCAUAGGGUUGUAUAGGAAAUUUGGAUUUGUGGAGGUGCAUGUUAUGGAUAUUCGGUUGCGUGAUUAUGUGGGGGGGGAGGGGAUGGGCGGGACGAGUCAUGUUGUUAUGUGGAGGGCGGCGAGGGGGGAGGAGGAGGAUGUGAGGGAAAUUGGGGGGGGGGAUGUGAAAUAG